AAUGUUGCAAACAGCUGAAUAGCCUAGAUUGUUCUUUUUAGAGUUUUAGUUGUCAGCAUGUUUAACGUUAACGUUUUUUGGCCUAGACCGAGAAACCGAUUUGCUCUGAAUGUUGCAGGGCCGGCCUAGCCUAAUUUGUAGGCCUAAGUUAUUUGACCAUUUCCCUGAACUCACACAGUUCAUUUAUAAUGUAAGCCAACCGAACAAUUGGCCUACGCAUACGUAUUAAUAAGUGGUAGUCCUGAGACUUGAACACAAUUAAAGCCCACCCAAUCAACAAUCAAGUUCUGGUAGGCGUAGGCCUAAACUGGUAAUAACCCAGCUGUCAAGCUACAGUAAAGUAGUUAAUCGAAGCCAAAGAAAAUGAGUAUGCUUCACCAAAAACGGAAGAAAUUUGCCUCUGUAUUGGAGGAGGCCUGCAAGCAAUCUACAGUAACAUCAAGCCUCUGUGAAUCAAGCAGCAGGUUCUCUCCAGAUCUUCCAAGCUACCCAGAUUCCUCUCCAACCCGGGCUGGCAACUCUACCCUAAGUUUAUGGCAUGCAAGUGUCCCUACUACGCCUGAAGUACCAGAUUCCUCCUCACUCAAUCCUGUCGGGUGGCCCGCAGGUUUAUUUGGCAGCAGUGAUGUCUCUUGCAGUUCGCAGCUCAGUCCAUGCAUUGAUGGAGAUAGCUGGCCAUCUGAUUCAUGUUUCUCCUGCCCCUGGAAUCCCAGUACAGACUUGGAGUUUCUGGAGGCAGACACAGCAGAUCAGAUGUUGACAAGAGCUAUUUCAGCUAGUCAGCAAGCGACUCAGACAAGCAUGGAUUUAUUGGACUUCCUGGAUGAUCAGAAUCACACCAUCAGCCAGUUGGGGGCAUGCAUGGAUGUGGAUGAUCAGCUCUUUGCCGGUGCCAGCAGCCCAGCGUUAUCCAUCUUCAGUGACCUCCAGUUUGACCUCAAGUCGGACUGCCUGAAGAACGAUGCCUGGCUACAUGACCCUGUGAGCUCUGACAGCGACCUGGAUGACCUGCUCAUGCGGUCAACCCUCACAGUCAAGACACCUCGGCGUAGGGGCCGCCCACCUUUGCUUCAGUCCGCUUACUUCUGUAACGAUGUGACCAAGGGUCUGUCCACUGCAGAUUAUUUUCACUGUGUGGCUGACAGAGCCACAAAGAAGAGGAGUGCUAACCCUGGCAAGGACCUCUCCCCAGAAGAACUGCUCUUCAGGAAGGAGAGAAACCGUCUCCGCAGCAAGGCCUAUCGUCUCCGCAGGAAGAUGCAGUUUGAGUCCAUGAAGGAGGAAGUAACACAGGCACGCCAGAAAAUGGAAGAGGUACAGAGAAAGAUUCAAAGCACUUAAAAAAACAUCAAAGGUGAAGCAGUUAUAAUUCGUUGUCUCAUAUGCUAAAUUAAUUCUUUGCAUUCAGUUAACUACCACACAAUAACUUGUGGGCGGUUUAGACCACCAUUGCUUGUGCUUGAUUGUCAAGAAAUGUACAACUGUGGAAACAGUAACGAGAACAGAAAAGGAUGUAUUUUGGACCAGUAGCCACCUGUAGAUUGGACGUAUUUCGUAAGGCAAUAGAAACAGGUGAUUAUAAAUUGAGGUGAAAUUCUAGCCAAACUGAAAGAUGUUGUAAUUUUUAUGUAUUUUGGCUUACAUUUAAUCACAUAGAGCUAAGAACUUUCCCAACAGUUGAUAUUGUGUUCUUUAUUUUACUGUUUAAUACCUGCAGUAGUGUCAGUUGGGGGCUUGAUGCAAAAUGGCCUUUGUGUAUUCUUGAUGGCAGAUUUGAUUAACCUAAUUUUUAAGGUUGAUCCUGUGUAAAUAACAUUUACUGGUCUAAAAUAUAAACUUAACUACUGAUUUUGCUGUUUAAAGAAUCCCCAAAGCAGUUUGUGACAAUGUUUUGUAAA